GGACAUUUUGGAUUUUCGGUUUGGCGAUCGAGCACAGAAAAUGUUGGUUAUUGAUCGCCGUCCAAAAUGGCUAAAAAUGUCGACGAAAUCGUAGGAACCUAAGGAAAAUGAGUUCCCCGAUCUCCAGCUUAAAGAAAGGGAAAAGGACUCCACUGGAUCCUAGGCAGGCGCAAGUUCCAUUUAGGAAUACAGCCCUAAAUGCAGAUGAGCUGACUGCUGCUUUCUCCAAAAAAGAUGGAUUGUCCAAGUUACCAAAGUCCUCAAGCUCAACAACUGUGCCGUCAGACCGUGAUCUUCUUGGUAGUAUGAUGUCACGGCUAGCUCAAGUAGAGCAGCAGCUGAAAAAUGCCCAAACACAGCUACUUGAAAAGGAUAAGAAGAUCCACAUACUAGAAGAGAAAGCAAAACUGUUGGAAAAAGCAAGAGGAUAUAACUCUGGCACAAUAACAGAGUUAGAGAAAAAAUGCAAAAGACUUCAGACACAAGUGUUUCAGAUGGAGGACUUUUUAGCUGAUUACGGCAUGGUCUGGGUUGGAGAUGAUAAUGCCGAUUCUGAUUACGAUGUUUUAGAAGAAACACCAUCUUCAGUUCCCAGCUCUCUAAGCAGACAGCAACAAGUUUGGAAUCCAAAUUCUUCAGUGGUUAAUACUGCAGCAUACAAGUUGAAAAUGAACUUUGAUGUAGUACUUAAGAACAUCAGAGAACUCAACAUUCUGGCAGGGGAGGGCUGUAGCGAAGUGUCACGGACGAAAGAUGGAGCCAGACUUAAGGUUCGUGAUUCUGUGCCGUUGACAUUGUAUUCUAAUGGUAUUUUGAUGUUUGGUGGUCCCUUCAGGCCAUAUUCUGAUCCAGUUACUCAGCAAUGUAUGCAAGACUUAAUGGAUGGAUUCUUUCCCAGUGAAUUACAAGCUAGAUAUCCUGAUGGUGUUCCAUUUGAGGUUCAAGACAAAAGAGAUGUGGUGUUUGAAGACAGACGGACCGCGUUGUUGUUUCCUGGUACUGGGCAGUCACUGGUGACUGAAGAGGACGUUAAGAAUCACAAAGUGGAAAGUCAAACACCAGGACAAAAGCAACAGUCUGUAGAUCAAUUCCUGUCCCGCCUCCCCCAAUCUGUUAUUAAAGAUGGUAAAAUAAUUGACGUCAGAUCUGGAGUAGCAAAUGUUAUCAAGGGUGGGGAGGGUCAUUCGGAUGUCAAAGUUCUGGAUACUCCUGUUCUCCAAGAGAUAAAAUCGAGGAGUACAGAUGGUCCGAGGCCACAGUCAGGUACAACUCAAGUUUCCACAUUGAGGAUCAAAUCUGAGACUGGAGAAAUGACAUACAUAUUGAAGAUGAAGUUUACAGACUGUAUACGCGAUGUAAGGAAUCACAUUGAUGCUGUAAGGCCUGCAGAUGCACCUCUCUAUGACAUCAAAACGUCUUUUCCUAACAGAGUGUACGAUGAUCCUACUGCAACUCUACAGGAGUGUGGCCUGGUGCCAAAUGCGACCCUUCAUCUUCUAGCCAAGAAAGUGUGACAUAAUACAAUUAAAAAGCGUUCAGACACUUAAGAUAUAGAACAGCGUCUUUACAUAAAAAAAGGAAACGUAACUCUCCCUUACAAUGUAAUGGAACAAAAAUGGCCAAUUCGCGGUAAAUACCAUUAGGUACAUGUGAUGGUAAUUCGCAAACAGCGAAAAAGAAAAAAAAAGUUUUAUUCCUUCUUUUGUUAGCGGUCUAUACAAUAAUGUUUAAAAAAAAUUGUAUUUGCUGUAAAGAGGAGAGAGGUUCCCCCCCCCCCCUUUUUUUUCUAUUUAUUUCUGUUUUCAAUUCUUUUGUUGGUGGGAAUGAUUAAAGCAUUAAAGGAAAAGAGAACAUUUCCGAAAUAUUCAGGUUCAUUGUUUUAAAACUGUGAACCUGGUCCGUCUCACUCUAGAAUGAUUCAUGGUAGAGGUUUCUCUGUGUAUAUUACGUAAGUAACUUAAUAAACAUCCAGUACGGAAAUGCAAGUUAUUCCUUUCAACGUCGAACACACGCUUUUAUAUAUUUUGUGUUCUCCUUUUUUCAUUAAUUCAUGUACAUUGCACAUACCGUUCAAUUCUUCCAAUAUUCUUUUGCUGGAAACGAAUAAGUUAGGAUCAUUCAGAUAGGCAAAUUCUCUGCUGAUACUUGCACUCAGGAGCAACAGGUCGUUCGGACUUACGUUCCUUCAAGUGUGAUGGAUGUUUGUGGGUGGUAUGCCUCACUUUAAAGGUGUCAGUUCGUUUUCCGACACGCCAAGUGUAGUUAUAAAUAAUUGCAGCAAGUUACCAGGGAUGCUUGUAUACAAGAUAUUGUUUUAUUGGAGUAUUGUAGUACAUGAUGUAGGGGAAAGAACUUAAUAUAAUUUAUUCCCUGACCUGUGGACAUAAAUAUUUGUAAAGAAAUAUUUAUUUCGUUAUUUACCCGACAUUAAAAACAAAUAGACAA